AUGAGAGGGCAGCGAGGCAUUCCAUAUGCUCAACCUCCAGUAGCUGCCGAAUAUGCCCAGAAAGAUUGGUAUGCAGACCCAGCUUAUGCAUCCCAAGGCGCAGCGCCAUAUUAUGCCGCUGGUGGAGCACCACCAAUGAUGCUUUCUCAAUAUCCAACUCAGCCAAUAACCUACCAAAGCUAUGCACCAUAUUCUCAGGGAAUUCAAACUCCUCAACCAUAUUUAUAUUCUCAAUUUAGACCUGAAGCAGGUUACUAUCCUGAAGAUCCUCAACUUAUGAUAUACAGACAGCCUGUUGCAGUUCCUCCAACUGCAGUGGCCCCACCACAACCAGCUCCUCCGCCACCUCAGAUGCCACCUCCACAGCCUGCAAUGCCUCCCCAAGCCCCGCCAAGAUCAUUUCAGAGUACUCCCCCUCCUCCACGAGCAAUCCAACAGCCUCCUCAACCAACACCACCUGCACCACCGCCAAGGGUUGAAAAAGCAGAUAUUCAACCCAUGUCCAAUGCUAGUACGAUAGACGUUAAUACACAGCCUCGCUUCGACAACUCUAAAUAUCCAAUUCCAGGCUGCUUCUCAAUUAUUCAGCGAGGAAAUAUACCGGGAAUCGAAUCAAUUAUUUUCUAG